AUGCACAUCCUAAUAGACACUCAGCCCAGUGAUUCGAAAACGAUGCCCAUCAAGAUGCGUGUGUUGGGCGCAGUAGCGCUGGGCGUCGCCCUGCUAUCAACGACUAUAGCGGCUGCUAGUGUGAAAGAGCUGGGGGCAUUGUUGCCCACAUGUGCGGUGAAAUGCAUGGCUGUCACUAUACCGAAGACGUCCUGUACCCUCGCAGACCAGACAUGCCAGUGUACGGAUGAAACCUUCACCGCUCUUUUGCAGGAAUGUGUGGUGUCUAGCUGUACCACCAAAGAGUCGUUGACUACGAAAAAUGUCACAUCCACUGCGUGCGGAGCUCCGGUACGAGAUAGAACCAAGGCUGUUUCAUAUGCAGGAGUCAUCGGUCUCGUCAUAGCAUGUAUCGCAUUUAUUCUCCGGAUAGUCGCGAGGUUUAAGUGCCUCGGUGGUACGUUCGGGAUGGACGAUUUGACGAUGGGACUGACCAUGUGUCUGGUGAUACCUCUUUCAGCACUAUCAGUUGUUUUGGCCGACACGGGCUUAGGCAAAGACAUGUGGACUCUUCCGUUUGAAAAUGUUACCCGGAUUCUAUACAUUUACUUCUGGGAUGAGUUGUUGUAUCUCAGUAUCCUGCCAAUGACCAAGAUCUCGAUAUGUUGUUUCUACCUUCGUAUCUUCCCCGCCAGAAACUUCCGAAGUUUGACUUAUAUUGUCAUCGGUCUCAACAUUGCAUAUUUACUUGCCUUUGUCUUGGUUUCAAUUUUCCAGUGUCGACCAAUCCAAGGAGCAUGGCUUCACUGGGACGGAGAGGGUAAUUACAAGUGCAACCAUAUUAACGCGCAGGGGUGGGCAUCGGCAAUCAUCAACAUGCUCCUUGACCUCAUUGUCAUGAUUCUCCCGCUGAAACAGCUUUACGAGCUCCAGCUUUCCAUCAAGAAGAAGGCUUUUGUCAUGUGCAUGUUUAGCUUGGGUAUCUUUGUCACUGUCGUGAGUAUUCUGCGCCUGGAUUCGCUUAUCAACUUUGCUUCCACCGACAAUGUGACGUGGGACUACGUCACAGUUGGAUACUGGAGUACGAUUGAAUGCCAUGUGGGCGUCAUCUGUGCCUGUUUACCCGCCAUUCGAUCCUUGCUGCGCACAACGGCACCGAAGCUGUUUGGCGAUACCAGCCUCAAUAAAUCCUCCGGAAUGAACUCGACAUCUCGGGGGACAGGAUCUCGACUGGAGGGGGCGUUCCAUGUCAGGAGCAAGCAUGAUGACCAAGAUUUUCUACCGCUUGUAGACAUGGACCACUCCAGUCAGAUUGAGCUGCACCCGAAGGGGUAG